AUGUCCUCGUUCCCGAUGUUUCGAUCUGUCUCUGUACUUGCGCUGGUAAACCCUGAUCUCCCAUCUCAGUCUACUAAGGCUUACAAUCCUGCAGUGAUCAUCGUUACACUCCGGGUGUAUACUCGUGCUGUUAUCGUGCGAAACUUUGGUCAUGAUGACUAUGCUAUGCUAGUAGCUCUGGUGUUGAUCAUCGGAUACUUCGUUGCCAUUAUCGUGUUGAAAAACAAUGGUCUCGGCUUCAGUGGCGAAGUGCUUUCACCAACGCAGAUGAGGAACCAAGUGCAGACCACACUUGCCAUACAGGUCAUUUACUACGUUGUCAUAAACACCAUCAAGAUAUCUAUACUGUUCUUUUACCUUCGCAUCGCUGCGCGAAAGCGAUUAGAAGUACUCAGCAAAGGCACCAUUGGCUUCUUAGCAGCGUUCUGUUCCAUCUGCAUCAUCUGCACCCUUUCGCAAUGUAUCCCUCUCCACAAAUUUUGGGACCUGACAGCAACAAGCUCAAUCAACAUCGCAAUCGACAUCUGGAUCCUUGUGCUCCCGAUAACCACUCUCCUCAAAGUCCAACGCCCCACACGCGAAAAAGCCGCUCUAGUCGGCAUAUUCAGUCUCGGCGUCUUCAGCACCAUCGCGUCAAUCGUUCGCCUCCACGCAAUACGCAUAUACACCGAGUCCAGCGACCCUUUCUUCGACAGUGUGCCAAUCAAUCUAUGGAGCAUGGUUGAAGUCAACGUCGGCAUUUUAUGCGCUUCGAUCCCGUCGCUUAAAGCGCUGUUUUCCUCAAGCCAGCGACAAAGAAGCAAGAACGGUGCCGGGUAUCAAUAUCACAGUCGGGGGAAGAGUGGGGUGCAGGAUGACACUGCGGAAAGCGAGUCUGUCAGACUGCAUGAUGUGCAUCAUGCACCAACUUCGGAGACCUAA